AUGGCGACUUUGGAGGAUUCGCCGGUGAAUUCCAAGCUCUCUCCACCGAAUACAUAUGGAGCCGUGGUUCUUGGCGGCACCUUUGACCGAUUACACGAUGGCCAUCGCCUUUUUCUCAAGGCAGCGGCGGAGCUGGCAAGGGAUCGAAUUGUGGUUGGACUAUGCGACGGACCCAUGUUGACCAAAAAACAGUUUGCUGAUUUGAUACAACCCAUUGAGGAAAGGAGGCAUAAUGUUGAAAAUUACAUCAAGUCUAUCAAGCAGGGGCUGGCAGUGCAAGUUGAACCUAUUACGGAUCCCUAUGGCCCCUCAAUAGUUGAUGAAAGUUUGGAGGCAAUUGUUGUCAGCAAGGAGACUUUGCCCGGUGGACUGUCUGUUAAUAAGAAGAGAGCGGACAGAGGCCUUUCACAACUUAAGAUUGAAGUUGUAGAUCUAGUUUCUGAAGCAUCUAGUGGAGAUAAGCUUAGUUCAACAACGUUAAGGAGCCUUGAAGUGGAGAAGGCGAAGAAUCAACAGCCGGUGUAA